GUGGAUCAAAAGCUUUCAUCAAAGUUGUCCUAAAACCUUCUUCUUAGGACAACUUUGAACUUUUUUGAUCCACUUCAAAUGUUGACUACUGUACAUAAGAUGCCAAUUUUGUGUAGAUUCCUGGAUGCCCUAUUAUGUAGCCAAGUUGUGCAGGGCAUACUACUAUAAUAUUACAUUACAACAUGAAAUGAAUCCUUGAAUACUCGAUUCUGAUUGGCUGGAAGGUGUGCAUUAAAACUGUUUAACUGUGUUUAAUGCACAGGUAGUUCCAAGUCAGUUUAAUCACUGUUCUAUUGACCUUAUAUAGCUAAAUGAACCUUGAUCACCUUGUUAAAACAUUAUUUGAUCAGACUGCCAAACGUUCUGACGUUUUCACGCAAAUGCUUUUAUCCAAAGUGACUUAAAAGGAACCUGUCCUAUAAUAUAUUUUUCAUAUUAUAGGACAGGAUGGAUUUUCUUAAGUAAAUGUAUUGAACAAAUUAUAUGGGAAAGUUUAAAUAGAAGUUGAAUUGAAUUCCAAUUUUUAUUUAAUAUACAGUACCAUUAACACAUGUAUGGAAAGUAUUUUCAUUAUAUAGACUUCUGUAUUCCAAGAAUAGUGAAGUUUGAUCUGCAUACACAGUCAGUGUUCUGACAGACAUUGCCUAAUUACAUCAUUUAGAUUUCAUCAUGGCUUAUGAAGUCCUGAAACAGCCGGUCAGAUCCAGCAACUGCAGGUUAAUGUCCAAACACUCUCUCCCAUCUGUAUUUAUUACAUUUAAUCAGAUUUAUUUCAUAAGACAACAAGUUAAUAAGACACUUGUUGUCAGAAACGUCAGUCAGCAGUGACUAAUACACCUUGAGAUUUGUAGUAACUUCAGAGACUCUGGACUAGUUCCACAUCUCAUCCAAAGGAUAGUGUCUUUUAACACCCCCUGCUGGCUGAACGAACGAAUAGGUUAUAAGUACAGCUGAACACAUCGUUAAAACAUAAGGAUGGUUUAGCUGCCUGUAGCUAGCCUUUUUUGAUAGAUUUAAUGGAUCAUUCCGACAGUUUGGUGGAUUUUGGACUGAGAAGUUUUGUUGAAAACAUUUUUAAACUCAACUAUUUUUCACAUUUACAUUGAUGUCACUUCUAGCAAGUCAUGUGAUUUUGGCAUGCUCUUAAGAUUUUAAAGGGCAAGUAGCACCAAUAUAAAAGGCCGGACUGGAGUCUGAGGGACAUAAACUAAUUGAAUGGUUUUAAACAUUAACAUUUUUUUUAUUAUAUAUCAAAGAGAAUAAGUAAAUGUAUAUACAAAUACUCAAACUCUUAGUUUAAAAAUAUAUAUGUAACCCUUAUUUCAAAGUAAAGUUAAGAAAACAUGAUUGGGGGACAUUUGCCCGUAAAGUCCCUCAAAAAGUUGAAGUUUGUGUCUCUUUAAGAUCGCAGUGCCUCAGUUCAAGUGGCACAUGAACCGCCAACUUAGCGAUUUUGUCACUAGAUUUAGUGACUUCCUUGCCCCUUUUAAGACUUUUUUCAAAAGUUUAGGGACAAAUCUAGCAAUUUCUUGGACAAACCUUAUCUAGAUUCUUAUUUUGCCCACUGAUCUAUAUUUAUAUUUAUAUAGAUCAAUGAAUUUGCCAUUGUGAUGUCAUCUAGUGACAUUUAGCUACCAGAUUUAGCUAUAGUACUUUUAAUUAAAAGCAGUUGGCAACACUGUGAACCGAUCAUCUCUUCCUACUAGCUAUAACAUGUAAUAAACAUGAAUGAACAUCAGAAGGUAUGUUGUUUAAACUGCGGAAAGACGUCAAUACAGAUCAUUUUCAAGUUCAAGUCCACUGACGUUAAUCUAAGGCUGAAUCCCAAAUGGCACACUUCUAUGCACUUUCGGUCUUGUGGACUUACAAUGGCUGCUGCGUGUGCGUGUCUGUUAAAUCAACAAGACCGUAGGGUGUCCCAUUCAUCAUUUUAGGUUUCAGAAGGGUGCUCACGAGCACCCCCUUUGCGGCCGUAUGUUCAGUUGAACCCGCAAGUUUGCGAGGCUACGCAGAGGACUUUACCUGGCAGUCAAAGUGGCAUUACGUCACGAAAGGUCUUACGGGUGUGGAACGACAUGAGGGUGAGUAAUUAAUGACAGAAUUUUCAUUUUUUGGGUGAACUAACACUUUAAAGUUGAUUAACAUUUUAUGUAAAAUAUGCAGUAGCCUAUUGUUUCAUGGGGACAUAAAAUCCACCAAAUAUUUUAACAUAGAAAUUCAGAGAGAUAAGUCAUUCUAAACAUUAUAGAUUAUUUCUGUUUACAUUCUGCCUUGGAUGGUUGGAGAAGUAGGUUAUCUAGCAGCAACUUUAUCAAUGUUAUCAAUGGUCUUAUGUCAGAGUUGCUACAUGUUCACACAGAUCUGUUAUUUGGAAUAACAAGAAUUUUUUCAGACCGAAUUAUUAGGGGAUUCCUAUUUGCAGAAUGUUUUGAAUUUGGUGAAAAAACGUACAACAAUUGCUGGCUGGACAAAUUAGAAAAAUUAGAAAGUGAUCAUAUAAGCAAACUAAAUUUAGAAAAUGGUGACAUAUUAACAUUGCAUAAAGACAUCAAUGGGAGAUUUGACUUCCUUGGUCAGUUGCAAGAACAAUUUUUUUUUUUUUUUUUUUUUUUUUUUAGAUAUUUGCAGAUUAGGGAUUAUGUAAGGAAGCAUUCGCCCUAUUUUAAUGAGGCUAAUCCUGCUUGAUGAUCUCUUGGGUCUUGGAUGUGGGGUCCGUCACUUGACAUCUCUACUGUAUAACUCACUAUUAUCUACAAAUUUACCUUCUACAGAGCAAGAAGUUGGGGAGGAGAUAUGUGCCGAGCUCUGGACUAGUGCACUAGAACAUUCAUAAAUAUUCUGUUAAUUUAAUUUAAGUUCAUCCUUUGACUCCACUAUGUGAUAAAUGUGAUAUUUGUGAUAAAUGUCAGAUUGAUGAAGUCACUCUCUUGCAUGUUAUGUUCUCCGUUUUAAGUUAAUUCGAUUCUGGACUGAUAUAUUUGAAAUUCUGUCAGAUAUUUUACAUAGUGUAUUAGAGCUUGAUCCAUUUCUGGUGAUAUUUUCGUGAUUUUUUGGAUAAACUCACGUCAAUUCAAAAAGAUCAACAACAGUUGCUGUCCCAUGGACUUAUUGCUGCAAAGAAACCUAUUCUAAGUUUUUGGAAAAAGACAGAAUUCCCAUCUGUUAAACUUUGGUUGGAAGAAAUGGUUAAGAUACUAAUUCAUUACUUUUUGUUAAACAAAUCAGAUCAUUUCGAUUAGAUUUGGUUUCCCCUUCUCCAUUAUCUUGAUAGCACAGGUUGAGUAAUUAUGAGGCAUUGACCGCCUCAUUAGUGUGGCAUGACUUGAUCCCUAGGGUGGAGAGGGAAGGAGGAGGGGAUUAUCGGUUUUGUUUUGUGUGUGCUGUUUUCAUUUAGUUUUUCAUUCUUCUUUCUUUUACAGAUAUAGGCUUAUUAUGUUGAACUUUAUUCUUGUACAUACAGGCAUUGUAUUAAGCAGUAGCUAAGUAUUGAAUGAAUGUCUAUUUAUUUGACAAAUGCUGACAAAUACAUCUAACCAACUUCAUUUGCAAUAAAGACAGCAAACACUGUGAUCAUCACCACGGGAAGAGUGUCUGUCUGAUUUUCAGCUUCUCUCCUGAUUUCAAGGGGGAAAUCUCACCGAUCGGUAUAUUCGUUUGAAAUGCCAAGCAACUUGACUUGAAAUUAGAAGAGAGUCAGCAGCUGUGGUCAUUCUCUAGCAGUAUUUGUUGCAGAUGAACAAGAGACUGUGUGAACUUUAUGCUGGUGUCACUAGCAUUCCACUAUGCUGGCGAAAGUAAACAUACAGCGCUCUGAGUCAGAAUGGAAGUUAUGUGACGUCGUGAAAAGGGCCUAUUUACGUUAACAAUUAACCCUGGGUAUCCAUAAGCUGAUGUUUCACACUUUACAUUCCUAAACCCUGGGUUAAUGUCUUUAUUUGCAUAUUUGUGGUGUCAGUGUUGACUGAUUGGACGAACACAGCACAAGACCUGUUUAUAGGGCUGGGAAAAUAUAUUGAUGCAUUGCAAUUCGUGGAUCGUUUCUGAUAUUUUCCAAAUGCAUCCCAAAUUGAUUCUGAGCUUAGUUUUUAACAGCAGAUGGUGCUUUAGGCUAUUUUUAACCGCACACUCAAAUGCUCAUGAAGAAGAGUGCUGAAGAGUCUGAGAAUGUACUUGCACCUCAGAAUGCUUUAAUGACGUGAGAUUAAUGUAAACAGCCCACAGCAAACACCCUUGUAAUCUGCUUCAACAUUUUUGAAGUUUAUGAAUGAUUAUUUUAUAGAAGGUUUAAGUGAUGUAAGGAAUUGGAAGGAUGCAGAGUACGUCUGUUUCUAAAGCACGCAGUGGCAUCUGCUGUUGAAAACUAUGCUCAGAAUCGAAUCGAGAGAGAAUCGCGACACAUAUGGAAAAUAUCAGAAUCGAUCCAAAAUCAUUUCUCGAUCAAAUCAAUCAGUUCUCAUCUCUCGGCACUAAUCCUGCUCUGGAGUGAUAACAAGUAUAAGACUAAAAGCACAGGAGACAAACAAAACAAUGUCAAAUACUUAUAACAAACUAGAUAUAAACUAGCACCAUCCAUUCCACAAAUCGGACAGUAAUGGCAGUUUUGACAUAGUUAGGUCGAGCUGGGUGAUGUUGGGAAUGGAGGAGAUGAGUAACACAAUCAUACGUGGACUAGUUUCUGAGCAACUGAAUCAUAUCUCAGGAAAUGAUAUUGCUAGUAUCAAAGGUACUUUUAAUCAACAGUUUAUGGUGGAUAAUGUCAAAGAUGGAUUACACAUCUCUGAUAACCAGGAAUGAUACUCUAUAAUCGAACACAAAUGUGAACAAUGUGUUUUCCCAAGGAUUCAAACACAGGCCCAGUGGAAAACUACACAACUUUUGGACAUAAAAUAUAAGUGCACUUCUUUUGAGCAGAGGACAAGGGAGCUUCCCUUACAUGAAUGGCAAUAUCCCAAAAAGCACUAAAAUAUGGGUAUCUGGGACACUGUGAGCCGGGAGACUGUAGUGUCUACUGUGAGUUUUUAAAAGCUUAAAUGGGAGCUAUAAGUAAAUUAAGCUCAUGAACAGCUGUUGAAAUUUGGUAUUCUGGAAGUUUGGACUUGGAAACUAUAUUUGAUACAUCACGACUUAACAAAAAGACUGGAGUAGAUACACAUAACAGGUGGGACAGGCCAAGAUGAGAUCUUUCGAGCUCUCAGCAUCUAGGAUAAACUUGGCUUUGAGAGAACUAUAAUUUUGAGCAAAAGUGUACAACAUUUCGGUAUCCAGUAGUUUUGUGUGAUAUCAUGAAUUCAAAAUGCCCAAGUCUGCACAAAAACAGCCCAGGGCUGCUAGCAAAGCACUGAGCAGUGAUAGUCAGAUGAGAUUGUUACCAAAUUUGCCAAUUUUAUUAAAGCAGAAUCCAUGCCCUAGAAGUGAUAGGUAAAGCUACACAUGCAGAAAUUAAGGACCUGAAAGAAAAGACUGACUGCACUGAAAGAUGGGUAGAGAUAUGAGAACAAUCCACCCUGACUGACAUGUGACAUGGAUCCUGAAACUUCACGGCAUCCCAGAAGUGGAGAACAAUAACGUUCGCAAGGAAAUGAAUCUGUCAAGAAGUGUUACUGCAAGAAAAGAAAUCAGCUGCCAGAUGUGAUUGAUGUUGUGCACAUUUAGGCACCAAGUGCCUGAACGCGCCAAGACCUCAAGUUUUCACCAUCAAGAGAUUCAGGAAAGCAGUGUGGAAGGCUGCUAAAAACAACCCAGUUCAUGGUUUGCACUUUGAUGAAAACUUAAACGAGGACAGAAACAAAAAUGGUCACAUUUAGUUCUGUUUUUGGUUCAUAUGUUUACGUUCACACUGUCAGUCCAAAUCCGAUUAUUUGUGUAUAUCCAAUUGGAAUCUGAUCUAAAAUUAUUGAUGCCCACAUUGUGUAUCACAACUGUUCAGAUCCGGUUUGUGUGUCCAAAUGGAACAACAAGGACAUCUUAUAUAAACACAUAUUGUUUUGAUAAUGGUGUUAUAUUGGUGGAUCAAUUAUUUAAUUUAAAUGGCUUUCUUUGCACUUCUAUGCAACAUUUUUCCCCCCUGAAAUUUGUAUGUUGUUUAGACACCAAACAUUCAACAAUGGUCCAUUCAUAAUUUGAUAAGUUCUUAAAGAGAUAGUUCACCCAACUGAAAAUUAUCCCAUGAUUUACUCACCCUCAAGCCAUAUCUUCUUUCAGACAAAUACAAUCGGAGAUAUAUUUAAAAAUAUCCUGGCUCUCUAAAGAUUUAUAAUGGUAGUGAAUGGGGGCCUGUUUUGAAGCCCAAAAUAAAUGCAUCCACCCAUAAUGUAAUUAAAAAAAAAAAAAAAGCAUCCAUCCAUAAUAAAAAUAAUCCAUACGGCUCCCGGCGGGUUAAUAAAGGCCUUCUGAAAUGAAGUGAUUUGCGGCGGAAGAGUGAAAUCUGACCCGACGCAAUGAUGAACACUGAAGCGCAGAGGAUAGAGCAAAACAAAACACCGGUCAGGAAUUAGAAGUCUAAAAUAAGAAUUUUUAAAGAGAAAUAUCGGUGGAUUUCGAUAUAAAAGAAGAGGAGCUUGAGUUUGUUGCACAGCCGUAUUUGUAUUCGUAACCAUGAGAAGCGUCUAAACUUACGAUACUCCUACAUCCUGCGUCGUACAUCGCGUCAGUGGGAUACUCAUUUAACGACUUGCACAGUAUGUGUACGGUCGUCUGGCGGAAGCUAGUUAUUUUAGAUUAUAAAGUUGAAACAUGGAUAUUUUUCUUACAAAAACCCAUCGCUUCGCUUCAGAAGGCCUUUAUUAACCUCCUGGAGCCAUAUGGAUUACUUUUAGGAUGGAUGGAUGCACUUUUUUUUGGCUUUAAAACACGCCCCCCAUUCACUACCAUUAUAAAUCUUUGGAGAGCCAGGAUAUUUUUAAAUAUAUCUCUGAUUGUGUUCAUUUGAAAGAAGAUAGUCAUAUACACCUAGUAUGGCUUGAGAGUGAGUAAAUCAUGGGAUCAUAAUCUUCAUUUUUUUGAGGAUACUACUAACCCCUUAAGGAGUAAUUGUCCCAUUAACCCUUAGAACAGAUCCUGAGCUUUAUUAUUUUAAAGAGAUAUUGUGUCUUUGCCUUACGCAUAAUGGAUCAUUUCAUGGAAAAUGUUUGAAAAAAAAGCUUUGGCUUAAAUACUGGCCUUUUAUAAAGAAUCUUAACAUUGACAAAGCAUACAUAACAUUAAAUACACAUACAAACUCAUUUACACAAAUACACGCGGCAAAAUAAAGAUACAGAUUCAUAUAAAAUAAGAAUGUCAGCAAAUGUUUAAUAGGUUAUGACAUCUGUUAUGCUAUGUGUUAUUUAUCGUGCACUGGGUGGUGCUGCUGUCCCGCUAUUUCAAAUAUGCUGGAAUGGGCAGAGACAGACUUUGUGUCCUUGUGUUCUUCCAAGUUCGUUCUUUCCAGUUAUUACUCUGGCAAACUCGGUCUUGAGAAACAGCCUCAGAUGUCCAGCGACUCUCCGGAGGUUAUCAAACGCGUCUCUGCACGCGCUUCCUGGCGACGCGUUACCACGGAGACGGUCGCGUAUACAAAUGGACGGAAAACACCUCGCGAAUCCUUCAGUAUCUUUGUUAAAUCAUGGACGAUACUGUAUUUUAAUAAAAUGACUUAAAACCAUAUAAAUUCCCAAAUAGGUUGACGGAAAUCGUACUAAAUUCGUCUGGUAAGUCUUAAACUGACUGCUUGUUGUAGUUAAGAGUUUGUAUGAUAAAGAUCAAACGUUAAUUUGUCCCAAAUAAUCGACAUUGAUCUUUAUACAUUUGCUGCAUGGAAGCUGAUAAUAGCCUAGUAUUAGUGAUAAAAAUAAAAAUUGCAUUUUAUUUGCAUCUAGCACAAUACAGCUUUAAACAUACACAGAGUAAAGAUAAUAACACAUCAAUACAUAUAUAAAAUGAAUGAAAAUAGAUGAGGAAAAGCCAUUUUGACAUUCAGUGCUUUAAAAACCAAUCCUGCAUCAAUCCAGAUGUGUUUUUGAAGCAUGUCUCUUCAUGUAUAUCAUCAAUUAAUCAUCUAUAAUUUGCAUACACACGCUGUCAUGCUGUUUGUCAGAUGUGUCCUGUCAUCUCUGAUCUCUCAGUGAUGGAUGGUGACAGUGAGGAAAUAAAGGAGCACCUGAGGCUUCAGUUUCAGACUCUUCAAGAGCAACAAGUGCAGCGCAUCCGGAGGAGACUGGAGAUGAAACAGACGGAUAAAGAUAAGACUUCUCCUCUCAGCAGCGUGGACAAUAUCAACCUGAUGGAAGAGGACGGGGACAUGAUGGAUCUGUUCAACGCAAGAGUGAUCCAGAAUGAAAAUGAACAGUUGCAUGAUCGUCUGAGGGAGCUGAGAGACGAGAACGGCCGACUCCACAAACUGCUGAGCGAGAAAGACUUUGAGAUAAAACACCUGAAGAAGAAGAGAGAGGAGGACAGGCUGGCUUUAGCAGGUACUGCUGGUUUGGCAGGAGAUGCAGCGGCAACCAAGAUCGUGGAACUGUCAAAAAAGAAUAGAGAAUUAGCUGCUGAAAUGGAGCGAGAGAAGACCAAAACUAAACAAGCAAACAAUCGGGUCAAAGAACUGGAGAAAGAGCUUCAGGCCACACUGUUACUUAAUCCUGCAAAGACGACAAACAAAAAGCACACUUCAAGAACUGUGAACGACUGUCUUGAGAACAGCCCGGUAGUGAAAUCACUGCAGGAGAAACUAUCUGCAGCCCAGCUCAAAAUGACUGAAUACCGCAACCAGAUCCAGACGUUUAAACAAGAGUUAAAAAUAGCUCACAAGGUGUUGAGCUGUGAGGUGGGUGAGGACGUCAAUAUUCAGCAGAUACUGUGUACCCCAGGAGGCUGGAGAGGCCGUUCUCAGCAGAUCCUCGGCCUUCAGAACAGAGUGCGAGACCUGGAACAACAGCUCAGCCAAUCAUCUCACAGGAAGCAGCUGUGUGACCAAGGCCUUGAAGAGGAGAUCACGAGAAUGGGAGGUUUACCGAAGACACAAGAUAGAAACCUCAGCCACAUCCGUCACAUAGAGAGGGAGAGGAAGGAGGCACUGGAGAAGCUCACUAUGGAUUAUGAAGUUCUGCUUGAAGAGAACUCAGACAUAAAGAAGAAACUGGAGGGCUCCAAAGCCAGGAAUAAAGUGUUGAGCACAGAAGUCAAAGCCCUGAAGAGCCAGAUCAGCACUCUACUGGAUAAGGGCAAACAUGAUGAUGAGCUGGUCGACGCCUUAUUGAAGCAACAGGCGAAGUGGCAGGCCAUGUUCGGUCAUCUCAGCCAGAAAGGGUCCCAGCGUGAGGAGGCUCAGCAGGGCCUGGAGAGGCAGCUGCACAACGAGGCCCAGCAACACGCCUCCCUCAUCCAGCAGCUCAAACUCAUGGUGUCAGAGAAGGAGAACAAGGUCAAAGAGCUGGAGCGGGAGAUCCAGCAGCUCGCCCUUAUGCAGUCGGAGUGUAAAAGCCAACAUAACAUCAGGCCUUUGACAUCACGACAAGAGUCCAACUCUGCCAGAGAUGCUCAAGCGGCCUGUCCAGAGUGUGCUGUUAAAAUCCCGUCGCUCCAGGCUCAGUGUGCGGAGUAUAAGGCUCUUUAUCAAGCUGCAAGUGUGGAGAAAGACAGACUGCUGGAGCUGACCAAAAUACAGCAGACCAGGGAAGAAGAGGCCAAGCGCCAGUGUGUAGAAGCAGAGCAGAAACUCAGACAAGAAUGGCAGCGUUCAGUUUUACUGGAACAGCAGCUGGAGAAAGCCAAACUGGACUUAAGGAAAGAAGCAAUGCAUCGGAGCAGAACAGGAAGCUCGGGCAGCACUCUGAGUCUCCCUGAGAAACAGGAGGGCUCGUCUCCCAGAAGCCUCUCUGCGGUCAGCCGUGAUGCUCAACUCAGUGAACUCAAAGCACAGUUGGCGCUGCAACUAGAAGAAAAUGAAAACUUGAGAACCACUUUGAGGAACACCUUGAAGGAAAAGAAAGAAGACUUGCAAUUCUACAAGGACAUGAUGGCCCAAGCAACACAGAGCUUCCAGCAGGCCCACAGAAAGCCUGAGCAGGGGACCUAGAUGGGACUAAAGAAGGCUCUUUGAUAGCAAACAGAGGACAAAACUGCAAUCAAGGGGACGCUCAGUUUAUAUGUUGCCAAGUCUGCUGUUGACCAAACACACAUUCUACAUUACUUGUUUUAUGGUAUCGAAACUUCCUAGACUACAUCAAUCCAACCAGCAGGUCACAAGAGAUAACAUAAAUGAGAUGAUUCAUGUUUCAGAAACACUUUCUGUUGGAGGAGAAGUUAUGAAUAGAAUAGAAUAAUAAUGAGAACCUGUAAAUAGUAGUUAGAUGCUAUUUAUACUUUUCAUAUUACUUUUUUUUAUUAUUACAAGAUGUAAUAUAAGUGUCUGGUGUGCCCAGAAUGUGUCUGUGAAGUUUCAGCUCAAAAUUCGCCACAGAUCAUUUAUUAUAACUUGUCAAAUUUGCCCCUAUUUGGGUGUGAGCAAAAACAUGUCGUUUUUGUGUGUGUCCCUUUAAAUGCAAAUGAGCUGCUGCUCCCGGCCCCCUUUCCAGAAGAGGGCGGAGCUUUAACAGCUCACGCUUCGGUUGCUCAACAACAACAAAGCUGGAGAAUCUCACGCAGCCAAAAUGAGGAUUGUCAGUAACGGUGUUCAGCCUUACAUUGUUCAAACCGGAGUCGACACUGAUGGAGAGACUCAGGAAGAAGUUACAACUUUUAGAAUGAAACUGGACGUUUCUGAAUGGUUAGUGGAUAAAUUUAUGUAGUUGCUGUGGAGUUGAUUCAACUCAUCCACUAACAUGUGCCGUCAUGUUAAUUUUUUUGUGCAAAUCCAGUGUUGAAUUGACCCUCGUUUGUGAAGCAGUCCGGCGUAAAAUGACGGCAUGACAACAACACUCUACUACAACAACUCUUCCUCUUCUCUAAAGCAGCCCAACAUGGCCUCGCCCCCUUUGUUGUGUGUUCUCAGGGGUGGGGUUUAUGUAAAUUUUGGGGUUUGUGAUGUCACCAACCCAGGAAGAAGCUCAUUGGAUGCUGCCCUAUUGUCCCAGUCCUUAAAGCCCUCACCCUACCCGUUAAGCACUUUAUUUCCACUUUUCGAAUAUUUUCUUCAUUUUUAUUUAAAAUAAAUGCCUCUCUGAGCUGAUGUGCGAUGGUAAAAAAGUGAGAUGAAUGAGUCUGGAAAAAGGAACUCGGUCACAUCGAACUCGGUCACACCACCCGCCUUACUCUCUACACCACUGCUUAUGUUAUCAGACAGGUUUCUUUUGCAAUUUUUCUGGCUCAAUCAGACAACGGUGGGAGGAGUUAGUGUAAAUAGCCUCUGCCAACAAGGUGGGUUAUUUGCACCUAGUGUAAAUAGAAACAUCAUCAAGGUAAACCCAAGUUUUUCUUCUUGGCACUCUAAAGUGGAAACAAACUUCCCUGCCUUUUUUUCUGACGCACAUUGCUCAUUAAUACUUGAUUUGUGUGUCAUGGUGUGAAACCAAAAUGAAAAGCAAAACCAAAAUAAGCUGGCCAGAAUGUGAAACGCCCCCUGCUGAAGCGAUAUGUGUGCAAUGUCUUGACCUCUCUCUUACCGUGUCUCUCUUGUUUACAUUUACCGUAUCAGCCUCAGCAUUCAUGCUGCCAUACUUGAGUUAUUCUCUUUCCUAUGCGGCCGGAGGGGGUUUGAGGCCUCCCCUCCCAGCGCUGCUCCACCACGCUUAAUUUAAACCUGUGGCUGAAGCAGUGUGCUCCUCCUGAAACAGCGCACUAUUUCAUCUUCCCAGAACCCUGAGGGACACUGGCAAGCUCGAGGCUGUUACGAGCGCAAGGACCACAAGACAAAAAUAUCAUCCGGGACUGGAAAUGACGGAAAAAGCAAAAUGCCUUAUUUACGUUGAAGGAAUAAAAAGAACUUUUGAAAUGAGAUUUCAGAUAAGAGAUGUUCAUAAAUAUUUGACGCGACUGAGCUGCAGUUGUAAAGGCUGGUACGGGGCUUUAAAGGGAUAGUUCACAGCAAAAUGAAAAUUCAGUCAUAAUUUGCCUUGUGAAAAAAAGUACAAUUUUAAAAAGAGUACUUAUUAUGGUAACAAUACACUUUAUAAGAAUAUACAUGAGUGUGAACUGAAUGUAAUCUUUUCAGACACUUAAUUGCAUGUUAUUUACAGUUGAAAUUAAAAUGUUUUAUAGUUUAAAUUUAUAUUAAAUGCAAUUAGAUGAACUUAAAAGUGCUUUUUUGACCCACUUAAGUACAUGUUUAUAUGCAAUUACAUAAUUAAUUAUUUGAAAUAUGGUUAAAGUUACUGCUGAAUAUACUGAGAAACAUUUAUGGUCAACUAAAAUAUACCUCAAUGUCAUUUCUAUUGAAACUUGUAUGUUAUGUAUUUAAAUAUAUUUAUAAUUACACAUUUGUAAUAAUGAAAUUGCAAUUUAGUGCAUUUAAAAUAUCUUAAAUGUAAUCUUGAAUAAAACUACUGUUAAAGUAAUUAACACAGUGGUACAUAGCAGUAUAAUAUUACUGCCUUCUAAGAAACCUCAUUUUAUAAAAGGACUCAAGUACAAAAUUAUCUUGUUGUUUUGUGUUUAUGAUUG